AUGGUGUGCCGUGCUAUUAUGCCGAAGUGCGGUGCAGAGCCCAUCCCGCCUGCCCAGCAACGAGUCAGACGAAGCAGCACAUUGCCCAAUCAACAGCCAGGUUUUCGCGGCGGCUCACUGGCGGCAAUCGCCAUUGGCAGACCUUUUGUCCACCAAGCGACACCCAGCAGCGGCUCGUGCGAUACGAGCCUCAACAAAGCUGUCGUUGAUGUGACGUCGGCUGCGGUUUUGAGCGUAGGAGACUAUUCGUGUGAGCCAAGGCGUGCGUACCUCUCGGCAGGUUUGCCUUCUGGUUGGCCACCAGCAAUGUCGCUCGCAGGAUAUGGCAACCUUGACAGCGGCCAAUUGAGGCAGCAGUUGUGUGUGUCAGUGCUUGGUUGCCCUCAGACCGUGCCUCACGGAAACCAGCACGACGACGCAGUUCCUCGACCCAAGCCCUUGUAUGGCCGUCUCAAAGGGCUCGAUAGUCACCUGGAGACUCUGUGCCGAGUUCCCCUGAUUGGUGGUCAUGCACAUCACAACAAAAAGCCCUGA